AUGGAAAAGGACAAAACUGUAUCCGUUUCAAAGGGUGUUUUUGUUUUUCCAAAUGGAUUUACUUCAAAAAAAAUUAAGACGGCAUCUACUUCACCGUGGCUUAAUUCAUUAUUUACUAACGAGCCUUGGUAUUUGAGAUAUAAAGAGAAUUGGUUUACGUUUGAAAACGAAAUAAAGUGUUUACAUGAGAAAACAUACAGUGUAUUACUGAAUGACAUAGUACAUUAUAUUAAUUCUUUUUAUGAUGUGGAGCAAUAUGUAACACCAAAAGGAGUUAUUCCAACAGCAACUCUAUUGACUGGAGUUAAUCAACCAGACCAUGCAUCUCAGUUUACUGCGCUUAUAGAUAUAAUCAGAUAUAAUGUAACUCCACAUGUGGCAAUGAUCAAUUCUCAAGAUGGCUCUUCAAUAAAGUUAAUGGUAGAAAAUAUAGUCUGGCAAUUAAUAAAUGGACAAGAUGUGUUGGAUUAUUCUGAACAUGAAUCUUUUGGUGAAAGUAGUGAAUAUAAAAAAUCAAAGUUAAAAAAGAGCCAGUGUACUAUGAAGUCCUUACAGAAAUGGUAUCAAAGCAGUUAUGAUAAUCUAACUGAAACAGAUCAGAAGAAUUUGCCAAGUAAAAAGAAAAAAACUAGUUUAAGAAGGCUUUUAAUCAUCAUAAUACCUGACUUUGAGAGUUUUCACUGUAAUAUAUUGCAAGAUUUUGUAAUGAUAGUGAGUUCAUAUGUAUCUACAAUACCAAUUGUUCUUGUUUUUGGAGUUGCAACAUCAGUCUCUACACUUCACAAAUUAUUUCCAUAUCAUGUUUCCUCUAAGCUUCUAAUAAAAGUUUUUCAUUCUCAUUCCUCUCCGGUAUAUAUGAAUCAAGUCCUCGAAAAUAUUUUCUUGACACACUCAAGUCCAUUUCAUGUAUCAGGGAAAGCUUUUGAAUUGCUAACAGAUGUGUUUCUGUUUUAUGACUUCUCUGUGGCUGGUCUUAUACAAAGUAUAAAGUAUUGUAUGAUGGAUCACUACUAUGGAGAUAAUGUGAAAUCCCUCUGUUGUCCGCGAGAGAAAAUCGACGAAAUGGUUUCACAUAUGAACUCGGAAGAUCUAGAAAAUGUUAGGCAUUUGGUUGCUUCAUGUAUUUGUGAAAGAUUUACCAAAGAACAUCCUGGGAAAGUCAGUACGAGAAAUUUAUUCGAAGUGCUCAUUGGAAAGUUUGAC